UUAAGGCGUGGAUUCUGGGGUGGGAAGUAGGCUAAAUACAUGUCAUAUCCUGUUCAGUUUUUUGCUCUGUCAAAGUGCUUGAAGUUCGCUAGCCAUCGUUCUUAAUUGUCCAGCGUUGGAAAUGGCAUUGAAAGGCAAAGUAGCGUUGGUAACCGGCGCGGCGCAAGGGUUAGGACGAGGUUUUGCCGACAUUCUUCUGAAAAAUGGAGCAAAGGUUGCGCUUUUGGAUGUAAACGAACAAGGCGGCAAGGCGUUGAAGGCAGAAUUUGAUGAGCUGUAUGGAGCGGAACGAACUCUUUUUGUGACAUGCAACGUUGAAUCAGAGGAACAGUUGAAAGUUGCCUUUCAGAGAACCGUGAACACGCUGGGACGAGUUGAUGUCGUUUGUAACAACGCCGGCAUUAUCAAUGAGAGAGACUGGGAGAAAACGGUGGCGGUGAACCUGUGCGGCGUGGUGCGGGGGACCUACCUGGCGUUGGAACACAUGAAGAAGACCUCAGGAGGACAUGGGGGAGUUAUAGUCAACGUGGCGUCGAUGGCAGGUCUGGGACCUAUGGUUUCUGCUCCCAUCUACACAGCCACCAAGCAUGGGGUGGUUGGCUUCAGUAGAGCCAUAGCGGGGGCCUCGGAGGCGUCCGGCUACGGUGUCCGGAUCAACGUCCUGUGCCCGGGGUUCACCCAGACGGAUAUCCUGACCUCCCUCGACUCUGUGGAACGUUCUGGACAGUUCUCUCACCUCCGCAAGGCCACCAAAACACUGCUGCAGCAGCAUGGUGUUCUGGAGGUGUCAGAUGUAGCUAAGAGCUUCCUGGAGCUGGCGACUGACGACAGCAAGAAUGGGGCGGUUCUCCUGGUUCAGACCAGUGGGGCCUCCUAUGUCACCUUCCCCAUUGCCAACCCCCCCAGUGCCCCCUGAACCCCCCCCAGUGCCCCCUAACCCCCCCCCCCCCCAGUGCCCCCUGAACUCCCCAAACCCAUAGAGAGGACCACAAACAAAUUCGCCGCAAACUGCUUUUUGUCUUAUCAGUGAUGACCUGUUUCUAAAGGAUCUGAAGGCUGACUGAAGCAGUCGGAAAAAAAGCUAAUAUUAUGUAAUAUAACAUGGGAAUUUAUAUGCUUUUAAGUAUU